UGGGCACCAUGGCCGGGAUCACCACCAUCGAGGCGGUGAAGCGCAAGAUCCAGGUUCUACAGCAGCAGGCAGAUGAUGCUGAGGAGAGAGCUGAGCGCCUCCAGCGGGAAGUGGAAGGAGAAAGGCGGGCCCGGGAACAGGCUGAGGCUGAGGUGGCCUCCUUGAACCGUCGGAUCCAACUGGUUGAAGAGGAGCUGGACCGUGCUCAGGAGCGCCUGGCCACUGCCCUGCAAAAAUUGGAGGAAGCGGAGAAAGCUGCUGAUGAGAGUGAGAGAGGUAUGAAGGUUAUUGAAAACCGGGCUUUAAAAGAUGAAGAAAAGAUGGAACUCCAGGAAAUCCAACUCAAAGAAGCUAAACACAUUGCAGAAGAGGCAGAUCGGAAGUACGAGGAGGUGGCUCGUAAGUUGGUGAUUAUUGAAGGGGACUUGGAACGCACUGAGGAACGAGCUGAGCUGGCAGAGUCCCGUUGCCAAGAGAUGGAUGAGAAGAUCAGACUGAUGGACCAGAACCUGAAGUGUCUGAGUGCUGCUGAAGAAAAGUACUCUCAAAAAGAAGACAAAUAUGAAGAAGAGAUAAAGAUUCUUACUGAUAAACUUAAGGAGGCAGAGACUCGUGCUGAGUUUGCUGAGAGAUCAGUAGCCAAGCUGGAAAAGACAAUUGAUGAUUUGGAAGAUAAACUGAAAUGCACCAAAGAGGAGCACCUCUGUACACAAAGAAUGCUGGACCAGACUCUGCUUGACCUGAAUGAGAUGUAGAGCACCCCAGUCCCGCCCUGCCGCUGCUCCUCCCUUCACCCUGACUCCGCCUGAGGCCAGCCCGCCCGAAGCUGACCUUUAAAUUGAGGGCUGAUCUUUAACUGGAAGGCUGCUUUCUCCUCUCGCCGUACACCCAUACACCUACCCACCCAUCCCUGGCCCUGUGUCUUUUUCACCAAACUGCCUCUGCCUCUCCCAGAGAUUGCUGCUGGGCUAGGGGCUGAGCGCCUUUGGGAACAACAUUUAAGGGAAUGUGAGCACAAUGCAAGUGUCUUUAAAAGCAUGUUGUGAUGUAUACAUUUUGUAAUUACCCCCUUUUUGUUGUGGUAGCAAUCAUUUGUAAAAUGUUCCAAAUAAUUCCACAGCUCUGAAGCAGCAAUCUAAUCCCUCUCCUUUUUGGAAGGUAACUUUUCAGCUUAAUACAUAUUGCUCUCUCCAUAGAGGAGAGAAAGAGGUAUGGGCCUGCCUCACUGAGAACCGAACAUAGUCCAGGAAAAGACUCCAUUGUCAGAAACCUCAUUGCUCUAUACAAAGCACCAGCCAAACCAGAAAGGUGAUUCCAGGAGUUAGCUUAAAAAAAAAAAAAA